AACCGACGUCAUCUCCACACCAGGCACAGAUGCAGAGGGGAGGCAACAUGCCUGUGGCCCGCAGGAAAGUGAGGGUGCUCUGCGCGACGAUGAUGCUCAACGUCGUCAUCUUCUUCCUAGUGGGCGUGUCCUGGAACCUCGGGCAGGACAAAAGCGACCGCCCGAAGGUUCGAAUCCCGUCCAAGAGGUUUUGGCGACAACCGGUGCCAAGCAAAUAUUUCUGGAACAAGGAGCAGCAGCGCCUGGACUUGAUCUACAACCCCAUCAUCAACUCUCUGCCAAGUGACUCUCUCAUCGAGCUGCCUGAUUGGCUGAACGACACGGGGCCAGUCAACCCCUGCGAACCGGACUACAGAGUCGCCACGCAGAUCUCGGACUACAACACCCUGCCGCACCGCUUCCAGGAUUUCCUCCUGCACAUGCGCUGCAGGACGUACCCCAUGCUGAUAAACCAGCCGCAUGUUUGCGACCAGAAACCCUUCCUGCUGCUCGUGGUCAAGUCACUGAUCCCGCACUUCGACCGGCGGCAAGCAAUCCGUGAAACAUGGGGCCGCGCGGGCACCGUAGCCAACCGCACGGUGGCGACGGUGUUCUUGCUGGGCAACGCGUUGCCCGUGGACCACUUCCCCGACCUGCUGGGGAUGCUGGGCCAUGAGGCAAAGCUGCACAAAGACCUCCUCCUGUGGGACUACAGGGACACCUUCUUCAACCUCACCCUGAAGGACGUCCUGUUCCUGGAGUGGUUCAGCCAAAGCUGUCCCCACGCUCGGUACGUCCUCAAGGGAGACGACGAUGUCUUCGUCAACACCUUCCGAAUUAUUGAACUCCUGGAAGGCCUGUCCGACAUCAAGGCCAAGGAUCUGUUCAUAGGUGACGUUAUUAAGGACGCCGGUCCGCAACGAGAUCGGAAACUGAAGUACUUUGUCCCAGAGAGUGUAUUCACGGGGCAUUACCCGGUGUACGCAGGAGGCGGAGGGUAUCUGUACUCUGGGGAGUUGGCGCUACGCCUUCACAACGUUUCUCGGCAGGUAGCGUUGUAUCCCAUUGACGAUGUCUACACAGGGAUGUGUUUGAAAAAGCUGGGCCUGGUUCCGGAGAAUCACAGCGGCUUUAAGACGUUUGACAUCGAGGAGAAGUACAGGAACAACCCGUGCGUCUACAGGGACCUGAUGCUGGUUCACAGCCGCACGCCACAGGACGUGUUGAAGAUCUGGCCGUGGAUUACCCAUCCGGAGCUGGACUGCCAGUGAACACAUUCGUCUUUGUUUGCACUGUUGACUUUGAUUGGGAGGGUGAUUCAGAAUAGAGACAGUGAAAAUGGAAAUGAGGUAUGUGUAAGUGCUUCUUAAAGGUACAUACCGACUUAUUGGGACUUUGUCUUAUUCACCGUGUCCCCUAAAGUUA